AUGAAGCCCAUUUGCAACUAUUGCCAUAUUGAUGAUCAUAUCAGAGCCAAUUGCCCCAUCCUGGACAGCCGUAAAAAGAGUUGCUACCAAUGUGGUAGCAUGGAGAAUUUGAGAGCAGAAUUAGAAAGCCAUCAGGCCAGACCAACGACUGUUUGUCUUCAUGAUUUCAUGAGCGAUAUCGAAGAAAAGGCAGCGGCAUUGACUGAAGCUCAACCUACUUUAAUCCUUAUUCAUUCCGAGGCAGAAAGGGAAGUUCUAGAGCAGGAUGAACAAAACCAAUCCAUGGAUGAGGAUAUGCAAGAAAAUGCAGAUAACGCCGACAGUGACGAAGCUGAGGAGUUCAUCUUAGAUGAAUUAAUGCAAGGAAUCGAAAAGGAAGGAUAUAGAAUUGAUCAAACCAACAUCGAUGAGGGAGACUCCAGAUACAAUUAA